AUGCGCUCCAGAACUGGCUGCUUGACAUGUCGGACUCGCAAGCUCAAAUGUGACGAACAAAGACCAGUGUGCGCUCAAUGUCGCAAAGGCGGUCGCGAAUGUCGGCCGAGUGAGGGGAUCGUCUUUCGCCAUCAGCAGAAUGCCUCUAUGAACGAUGGCGAACAGCAGCCGCCGGAAGGACGAGGGGAGUUGAAGGGUUUCUACUCGUAUAAGAAUACAUUCAACAAGGACAGCGUAUGGCUUGACAUCCCAAAGCACGUGAUCUUCGUGGACAACUCCGAUCCCUACGCCGAGGAUCUCGAAAUUGCCGAAUCCAGUGCCAUCGCCUUGGCCCAGGCCCGCAACCAACGAUGGGGGAGUACAUCCAAAUCAAGCGACACAGAUUCUCAUGGCUUGGAAGCCUUAUCUGCCGUCGCGUCUCACGAUCGUUUCGCAUACUCGCCCAUGGCCCAGUCCACCCCCGAAACCAUCUCGUACCCCUCACCGAACCGGUCGCGAAGCAGUAUGAUGCCGCCUCCUGCAUCCCCGUCGGUCUCAAUAUCUGCUGCUAGUAACAACACGAACAUUAACUUCCUUCUCAACCCGUCACACUCAAUAUCGCCACCGCUGGAUUCAGCUCUCGCGCCCGAUCAAAGAAAUGCAUCCCUACCGUCGCGCCCGGCAAUAUUAUCGAGAAGUUCAGUCGAACAUAGGUCGGACGGUCAUGCUGAGACAGACUUUGAAGCUGCUUUCCUGCUCCGACAUUAUACAGAAGGUCCGGGUUUAUGGAUGGAUUUGUACGACUUGGGAACAUAUUUCGCUUCUUGCGUUCCAGUACGAGCAAGGAUAAACCCUCUGCUCAAAUAUGCUGCCUGCGCAUACGCAGCGAAACAGCUGGGAAGAGUCAAUGGUGCCAAGGCUAAAAUGGGAGGCGUGUGCUCUCGUCAAGCAGCCAUGGAGGUGUGGCCUGACAAGGAUCGCGAUUUUGCUUGGGUUGGCGCAAAGUACUACGAAAAGGCAAUCCAGCUGUUGAUGAGAGAACUACAGCCUGAUGCAGGGGCUCCGCCUCCAUUAAGUACGCCUGAAGCUUUUGGUCAGUGGCAGGCCAACGAACUAGCUCAAGAUGCGGGAAAUCCGCGCAAGAGGCGGCGACGAGUCUCUAAUAGCAGGCUCUCACGGGGUGUUCACUCAGAUGAAAUCUUGGCGGCGACUGCAAUCUUGUCGGUAUACGAAUUUCUCGACGCGACGGGCCCCGCCUGGAAUCGUCAUUUGAGCGGAGUCAAGACCCUGCUCGACGUGGCCGAGGUUGGCAUCAUGCCCUUGGAGCAUCUUUCUCCCGAAGCGGAGAAUCCUUAUCAGUAUCGAAAAUCUCGUCUAUCGAGAGCACGCAAGGCCGCAUUCUGGAACUUUGCUAGGCAGGACUACCUUGCUGCUUUCAUAAAUGAAUGUCAAACACGGCUCAACACGGACGAUAUAUUAAUGUGGACUGAGGCAGGACUCCUCCUCGACCCCAUGGGCUUUGUGGUACCCAGCAACACCGGCGAGGCCGGAUAUCCCGAAGGAAGCGAUGUGAUGAAAGAGGACCAAAUCUGUAACGCUUUGGUUUGGAUCAUGUCUAAAAUUGUCAACCACAUUGGUUCAAACGAGAACUUGAACGGCAAUGACAAGCGGCCUGUGGACAGUGGCCCGCUUGGCGUUCCACAACAAGCCACCUUUGAGCGGUGGUACCGACUUGAAGCCGAGCUUGACGCUUGGUUCAAUGGACUUCCGGAUACCUUCAAGCCAUGUGCAAGAAUUGAACCAUCUCGAAUCACAAAGUUUGGGUCAUCCGAUGAGUACAAAGACCUUGUGACGCUUCAGGAGAUAUGGCACAGCAUCCCAAUGUGUGCGUCCAGUAUGCAGCAUUAUCACAUGGCUCGCAUCUUGAUGUUGAUCAACAAGCCGCACGAGUCAACUGGCCGUCGGAAUACCAUCACAUUGCGGCUACAGUCAUACCGAUCAAUUGAAACUGAAAUUGGCUUCCACAGUCGCGAGAUUCUGGGCAUUGGUUUGGCGCGACCUGACGGUGCCGUACGGAUCAAUUCCUUGCAGCCUCUCUUUGUGGCGGGCCAGUGCCUCACGGAUUCUCGUGAACGGCGGACGGCGAUUCGCUUGCUACGUGCUAUUGAAUCGGAUUUGGGAUGGGCAACAGAGUACCGUGUGCAGCAGCUGCUCAAGGAAUGGGGAUGGGAAGGGAGUCCGUUGCACUCGGCGACGGGCACAUGA